AUGAUAAUCGGAAGUCUGCAGUGCCCGCUGGGUCCUGCGUCAUCCGCACCCUGCAUCAUCCAGUCGUCAUUGGGUCCGACGCUGGGGUCCGUCCCGAGUGCGCUCUUGAAGGCAAUCAAGCGCGACGAGGCCACCCUGCUGUACCAAGUGCUCUGCGCGUCGCUCGACCAGCGACGAGAAGUCGGUGCCCUCGCAUCAAUCCAGAUGCCCGAGCCGCGCACGGCCCGCGACCCGCUCUUGCCAUCGAGAGUCCGUGCGUGGCGGUCACGCCUCGGCGCCAACGCACCAAUGGGCCUUCACGAUCACCUCAAGGGCGAGAUCAAGUACUACAUGGCGCACGUCGUCGCGAAGGGCUACGCGCAGACGAUUGCUAUCGACUGCACAGAGACUUGCUCUCUGGCUAUUCGCCAGCCAUCGGUGCGCGUCAUCACGUAG